AUGGUUGAAUGUACCUCUUUAGCAUGGUCAUCUGGUAGAAUUGUUAUUACGUCAGGCAAAAUACAUAGCGGAAGUACUUCCGGCUCUUUAUGUUUUGAGUUCAAAUUCUGUCCAUUUUAACUGUACUUUUCGUCCUUCCGAGGGUGAUAAAAAAAAAGUACCGUUUAAGCACUGGAAUCCAUGUAACGGACUACACCCUAGAUCCUUAACGUUGCUGGCUUUGCUGUCAGAAUUCGAAACAAUUAUUUGACUGAUACUAAUCCGUUGCGGGUGACGACCUCAAUUGUGUGCAUCGGUGAAACGUUUAAACAUGGCGGCGGAGGAAGAUGUUAUGGGCUUUUAUAGUUAUUACGAUCCAAUGCCGACAAAAAACAGUUUCGCCCAUAUUUUCAGCAAUGCGAAUUUCGCUAACAACGGAACUCGUGAUGCUUCGUCCCAAGACAAAGAUUUAUUGAAACAGGCAUUAAUAAGGCUUGGAUUUCUGGCAGAUAAUAUCACUGAAUACACUGAUAUGUCAACCAGUGAAAUAUCAAAGUUUGAUGAAGUGUUUCAGGAUCGUGACGUGGAUUGCUUUGUUUGUGCAUUUCUAAGUUAUAUGCACCCAGGAAAUUAUAUCCGAACAUACGACAGUGUUAUAUCGUUAAAUGAAAUACUUAGAAAAGUGCCAUCUUUAAAAGGUAAACCCAAAUUAAUUUUUGUAGUAACAACUCCUUGUUCGAAGGACGAAAAUGCUAUCGAAAAAUGCGAUGCUGACCGCUUUGGAUUUGAAGAAGAGCAUACAAUUCCACGCACUGCAGAUAUGCUCAUCGUUUGUGCGUCUGACAAUAAUAGCACAAGAAGCUCAUAUUUUAUGCAAUUUUUAAAGCAAGUUCUGGAAGAAUAUGGUAACACGUAUGAUAUUAUGACAAUUUUGGCAGCUGUUUCUAACUGUAUUAAAGAGGAAACCAGAGGCCGUGAACAAAUACCCUAUAUUAUGUCAACGUUAACGAAGCAACUGAAAUUUGAACGUAAUUAGAAUUAAAUGAAGUUUAUUUUAUAGAAGGUGGCGGAAGUAAAGAAUACAUACACCACCGGUUUUCGGCGUAACCCCUACAACUAACCCUAAACACCUGGUGUACGUAUUCUUUACCUUCGCCAUAGAGGGUCUGCUAAGAUGGAAUAUGUUUUUCAUUUUAAUUACUGAGACUUACGGUGACAAAAUUCUGAUGCUCCACCUUUCACACACACACAUGCGUAGCACCAAGAUAAAACGUAGUUUGACUUUUGAAACCUAAAACGUAAUUUUUUUAAUGUAUUUUACAUGUAUGAUACAUAAAAUAGAAAAACCGCAUAAAAAAUACAAAUCCAAAACUUUAAUUGUUAAACGGAUAAAUCUAGUAUUUUUCAUUUGUUUUAAUUGUUAAAAUGACGAAAGCUUUAUUCAAUCUUUUAAAUAAUCUGUACUAAACAAUUCUACUCAAUUUUGGUCCUUAGGGAAAUCGAGUUAUUUGCUGACCGAAUAGAUUCUUUGAUUUAAUCAAAACUUAUGAAAAUAUUCAUUCUUAAUAAAGUCCUACAGAUUAUGUUAAUUGAUGUUAUAUUUUGUCUACGAAAAACAACUUCUUUCGGACAUUCGAUUCAUUAAGGGGGUGGGAGAGUUUUAAUUGAUUGUCGUGUUUGGAUUUGAUUGUCUCUUCACAGCAAAUAUUGCUUUGAUUUUCGCUGGUCUCAUUACGGAGACAUAACCCGACCCCUCUAUCGCUGUGUAUAUCGAAAUUUCUGGAAGUUAAAGGGAAACAGAGUUUGUGUGAGAUUUGGCUGUUAUUUCUAGCAUGUGGAUAGCUUGCUUGAAGGUUGUAGAAUCGGGAAGGGAGAGAUGUUUUUUUUUUUUUUAAAUUGAAAUUUUACAAACAAUUUUUGUUCAGAAUUAUAUAAUCUCCGUAUUUUCUACGUAAUUCAACCCCACCCCCCAAAAAUUCUGAAAAAUGAAGAAAUGGGUGGUGGGUGAAGUUGCGAUUUUUGCCAAUUUUUUUUUCAGAAUCGAAAUCAAACCCGAAAACGUGUUUCCGUUAAAAAAUUUUUUUUUUAAAUUAGAAAAUAAAGUAGAAGGGGCGGGUUAGGUCUCCGCCAUGUGUGCCCUAUCUCCGAUUGUUUGCUGGUAAUUCACAAAAAGGGACCAAAAUCCUAAAAUGAUUACUACUCACACAUCUGAGUCUUAAACUGAUUUUGAACUUUGGAAAUACAUGAAAUAUUCGAUACAUAUCUUUCAAAACGAAGGAAAUGGAUUUAUUGAAAUUUGCCUUUGUGUAAAUGACGUGAGCUGAGAGAAACUGCUGAUUACCAGGAAGUACAGUUUGGCUUAUGUGAUAAAGUCAAUAUGUCUUUCAAGACUGGCUCUUCGAAAAUGCCUAUAAACAAAUUAACCGCGGAAGAUAUAAAGAAAUAUUUCGAUAAUUAUGUUAUGACACAAAAAAAGAGAAGAGUAGCCUACAUUUUCAAGGAUGGACCGUUCCAAAAAGAAGUAGAAAACAUUCGAAAUGCCUUAGGAGUACUUGGAUUUAAUGAAACAGAUAUCAAAGUACACACAUUCGAAGAAAUGUGUGAGGUCUCUAAAGAGUUUAAUAUCAAAGAUAUUGAUUGCAUUUUGUGUGUAAUUAUGAAAAGUGAUGAAACGAAGCCUGAAUGUGCGGAUGUGGCAGAGGUUCACGAUUUGCUUUCUUAUCUGAAGGCCGAUAGAUGUUCAUCUUUAAUCGGAGUACCUAAAUUGAUUUUUGUGGAAGCAUCGCGAGGAAGUAAGAUUGAUAUAAAUGUUGAUGACCAGCAGAAAGUUAAUGCAAACGAGGAACUAGUUUCAAAAUAUCGACUUGAGGAAGAUACGCUGCUUUACUUUUCAUCGUGUCCUGAUUAUUCGUCUUUUAAAAAUGAAGAUGAAGGGUCGUGGUUUUUUAACAUCCUAAGUAAAAUUCUGAUAAAAUAUGGCACCACAUACGAAAUGAUGAUACUUUUAACAGCUGUUUCUAAGCAUGUUGCUGCGAAGAAAUUUGAAAGCGAUAAGGCGCCUGAUUUCAAAGAAUGCAAACAAAUGCCUUGCAUUAUGUCGACGUUAACUAAAAAACUCAAGUUUGAGCCUCCAGCUAAUCAAAUGUAGUUUAUUAUACAUAGAACAGGCUCCUUAAAAGAGAGUAAAGUACUUUUUCAUCUUGACAAAUUCUAUGCUUUUCCCUUUCACACACAAGCAUGCAACAUUAAGAAGGCGUAAACGUAAAUUUUUACAUAUUUUACUGAAAACUUAAAUUGCUAAAAAGAUAAAUAUAUUUUCCAUUUAUUUUUUUUAUAUGUAAUUGUUAAAAUGAUUAUAAGCUUUGUUCGAUUCAUUAAAUAUGCUAUAUUUUUAAAUAUAUAUAUAUAUUGAUGCAUUUGGUGAUGGCCAUAUAUAUUUUCCGCUACAAACGUGCAUUAAAUAAACAGAAUCAUAGAAUUGAA